AUGGCAGGCGAGGAUCCUAGAGGAGCCAGCAGUGCAGCCGCCAGCAACAGCACACCUACCACUCUAGCCGUCGCCUCUCCCUCUUAUCCCGUAGUCGCCCCUCCCUCCUACCCUGCCGUCGCAAUUCCCUCCCAUCCCGCCGCCACCCCUCACCCCGUCAUCGCCUCUCACUCCCACCCCCCUGUCGCCUCUCCCUCACUCCCCGCCAUCUCCACUACCUCCCACCCCGCCGUCGCCAGUCCCUCUUAUCCCGCCGCCGUCUCUUCUCCCAUCCGGCCGCCGCCUCUCCCUCCUCCCCGCCGUCGCCUCUCCCUCCUCCCCGCCGUCGCCUCUCCCUCCUCCCCGCCGUCGCGUCUCCCUCCUCCCCGCCGUCGCGUCUCCCUCCUCCCCGCCGUCGCCUCUCCUUUCCUCCCCGCCGUCGCUUCUCCCUCCUCCCCGCCGUCGCUUCUCCCUCCUCCCCGCCGUCGCCUCUCCCUCCUCCCCGCCGUCGCUUCUCCCUCCUCCCCGCCGUCGCCUCUCCCUCCUCCCCGCCGUCGCCUCUCCCUCCUCCGCGCCGUCGCCUCCUUCUCUCCUCGUCGUCGACUCUUUUCCCCUCCCCGCCGUCGCCUCUCCCUCCUCCCCGCCGUCGCCUCCGGCGGCAGAUUGGUCUCCUCUCGCAUUGCACUUUCAUUUGAAGAAGGGGAGAGACGGAGCGCGAGGGAGAGCAUGUACACGGGAGCGAACACGCAGGAAAGCGCGCGUGAGAGUGCGCGUGAGAGAGCGCACGAGAGAGCGCACGAGAGAGCACGUGAGGGAGCGCGUGAGAGAGCGCGUGCGAGUGAGAGUGCUCCUGAGAGUGCGCGUGAUAGAGCGCGUGAGAGAGCGCAUGCGCGUAAUGGAGCGCGUGCGCGUGAGAGAGCGCGUGCGCGUAAUGGAGCACGUGCGCGUGAGAGAGCGCGUGCGCGUGAGAGUGCGCGCGCGCGUGAGAGAGCUCGUGAGAGUGCGCGUGAGAGAGCGCGUGAGAGUGCGCGUGAGGGAGCGCGUGAGAGUGCGAGUGAGAGUGCGAGUGAGAGUGCACGUGAGAGUGCACGUGAGAGUGCACGUGAUAGUGCACGUGAGAGUGCAAGUGAGAGUGCGCUUGAGUGA